AUGUGGGUUACUGAUCCUCACUCACCGGCCUCAUCUACACCAUCCACACCGUCACACUCCUCUACCAACAUUCCCUUAGGAUCAGCCCCAAACCAUACCAGCAGCAUCGCCGGACCUGCUGUGGGCAGUACUGGCGCUUCUCUGCCAUCCCCUUCAUCGACCAAUUUUGCCCCAGGCAACAAUGGCAAUAACCAUCCACAGAACGGGAACGGACAUGCACGUCCUACCCAUAACCCCAUUUCACCGUUCCAAUACCCUCAAACGGCGUCUUCAGCACAUUACCCUUCCUUCGGCACCUCUCCUCCAUCCUUUACAGCAUCCAUAUCUACUUCGAUCCCUGCCUCGGCACUCCCAGGAGCUAGCUUAUCCGGUCGUCUUGUUGGGGUUGUCAGUCUUACUGAUAUUCUUAACCUUUAUGCAAGAGCCAGCGGACUAUAUCCUACAGAUCCUAAUGCUAACCGCACUCGGAGGCGACGCAGCAGCAGCUCCAGUCUCAAUUUCAGGAAAAGCGGAGAACUGGCAAGGGAGCUGUGGAAUCGUCCAUAG